AGCGCCGUCCCUCCGCCUCUGCUCCUUUUUCUUUCUUUCUCUUUCUUUCUUUUUUCCCCUUCUCCUUCCCCCGUCUCUCCCCCCUUCUCCAGCACCGUGUCAUUUCCUCCUUGGGCUCGCUCGCUGCCCGAGCGUCUCCAGUCCGGAGAGGAGGCGGAGCAGGGCGGUGCGGGAGGCGUAGCACUGGAGGGCGAUGGUGGUGGAGCCGCUGGGGGCGGAGGCAACGUAGCCCCCGCAGAGAAGGAGCCCGGCGGCGCCAGAGCGGAGCCCAGGAUGGAGAACCGGCCUGGGUCCUUCCAGUACGUCCCGGUGCAGCUGCAAGGGGGGGCGCCCUGGGGCUUCACCCUUAAGGGAGGUCUGGAACACUGCGAGCCGCUCACAGUGUCUAAGGUAUGAAAAUUUUGCUUGGCAGAGUUGAUGAAAAGCCUGAACACUAUGCUUGGACUCUGAAGAUGUUCACAGUUAGAAUCUCCUGUUUGCACCGUUGCUGUUGUCUCCUGAGUCCCCAAGAAGGUGAAGGACUACUUCAAGCUCUAAGAAGCAAUUCUCAGGACCUUCUGAGAUUCAGGGAUGAUAAUGAAAAUGUGUCUCAAUGGAGCCCACUAUUAUGAGGUGGAAGGUGGAUAGUCCCUCCCUCCAGGUCUUAAUCAGGAUCUUCAGCUGACUCCAGGCAAGGCCUGCCUGUACCUCUGUCAUCUGUUGGUUUAACCUCCUUCUCAGACCAAAGCACUGGUUAUCUCUGAAGAGAAAGCAGGAGUGGAGGACUCCCAAGUUGAGCAGCAAGGGCCAGACAAUGCUGAGUCUCCUCUGAUCUGGAGUGAGUGACCUCUACCUUGGUUCAAGGGAGGACCUGAGCCUCAUUCAAUCUGCUGACCUAUAAUUAACCUUCUCAACCCAAUGACACACCCCAUGAUAGCCUAGAAAAGAAAGCAAGGGGAGUCUCAGCUGGCACUCUUUUUCCAAGUGCCUCCCAAGCCUGAUAACAGGCCCACUUGGUGAUGGGUGGUGAGAUAAAGAAUACUGCUGGAGGAGCCUGUGGCUGUACCCUCUGCAUUCAGGAAAUGUUCUGCGCAGGCUUAGACUGCAGACAAGUUACCUCUUGCGCAAGUUUGCUAUAAUUACGCGCCGCGCAAAGAAACAGUACCAGAGAACCCUUGGAGAGAGGUUGUCUUUUUUUUAUGAUGGCCAGAACGUCCGAGAUCUCCAAAUUGGUACCUCCAGGAGCAUUGGAUUUGACUGAGAAGAUUGACGGACAAUCCAACUCAAUGAAGUUAGAAGAGCUUAUGGAGAUGGCUGAAACACUACAGCAUGCAGAAAAUCUGGAUCCACAGAUCAAGGACCUGGUUAAUCGAGUAAAGGAGUUUCAAAAAUUGAAACAAAAAGUCAAAGAAGAGAUAAUAGAAGCCCAUGCUUUCUGGGAGACCAAAAAGAAGAUAUUAGAUUCAUUGAAUGCAGAGCAGCUGCUUCUGGAGGAGACCAUGAGGAAAAGGCUAGAGACACUGAAGAACUUCCUGAUGCAAUGCAACAGAAAGGAAAAUGAAGCUCAGAGGCAGAGAUUUGAGGAAGAGAAGAGGAAGCUGAAGGAAUUCCUGGAGGCAGCUGUGGAGCAGCGUCAACAACUACAGCAUAAGAGGCAGAGAAUGAUGGCAGAGAUGGAGAAGCUGGACAUUAAUUUUCUCUCAGAAACUGAUAUCUCAGAAGAGAAAGCUGACAAAUAAAAGGUAGAACAUUUUCCACAGGCCAUCCAGGAGCCCUGUCCAGGACCCUAGAAGACCAACUCUGGGCCAACUUCAAGACUCACCACACACUUUUCUAAAAAAUGGAUAAAAAUAGUCUUAUUAAAUAGAUUCAGGAAUCUUUAAAGGUUUAAUAUAUAUAUACAACUUUUUGUACAUCAAUUACAGCACAUGAGUGAACAGUUUUACUUGCUAAUUAAUGACAAUAAAUGAAUGAAUUAAUUUCAGUUUAUUUUGUGUAUAAAUUAUUGAAAAGGUGUUACUGAUUUGAUGAUCCUGUGUAUUUAAUCUUUGGCACAAUCUGAUUUCCAGAAAGAUUGGCUCACUGCACACUACUGAUAAUGUAUGCAAAUGGUUCUCUCCUCACAGUGACACCAACUAAACAUUUUUUGUAAGUGCUAUUGUUAAUUUUUUUCUGCAGUUGAAAAUCAAGCCACUCAGCUGAUUUAGUUGAUGGAGCCACACAUUUUAUUGGAGAAAUGUUUGUCUUCACAGCCUAUGACACUUAAGGCAGUCAUGGGUAACAUGGAUCCUGGCUUCUCUGAAGACCCUAAAUUCUACUUUUUAUGUAUAAAUACCUCUUCUCUUCUCUCAUGAUCUAUCAGUUAGCUUAAAAAUACCAAACUAAAAGCCUAAGCAGUUUUUAGCCUCUUUGCAGAAGUUUUUCUGUUCUGAUGGUUAUUCUUCCCUUACUAACAUGACAAAAAACAAAACAAAACAAAAACCAAAGAUAUUCUGAUCAGUGAGGUGGAUUGUCCUUUAAUAGUUGAAUUUGAUGAAUCAUAUUUUGAUGAAUCAGUGGUUAUGCCGUGUUUUCCCUGAAAUGUGGAAAACUUGUCUGGGAUCCUUCUGUUUACUCUGCAUUUCUUGUCCUACUCCAUAGCAGUGGACCUCUGCCACCAACAUAUUUCUUUAAACCAGUCUCCAGAUACAAAGACAUGUUUAUAAUCACACUUAAUAUGUCGUAACUAUCUGGCAUGCAAACGGAAAUGCACUAAUUCCCUUGCCAGAACAGAAGAUAAAUUUUCUUUGGAUGUUGUUUACUCUUAUCAUUUCAUAAUUUGAACAUUAUAACACUGACUUA